AGCAUCCCUACGGGUCCUACAGAGCAGAAAAGAACUCAAAACGACCGCAUGCAGAUCCUCCCGCCGAAUCCGGGACGGUCAGAGUCGGCCGGAUACUUCCUCGGCACUUUUACCCUGCCAGGGUGGUUUUUCCGGCCACGACCGGAGUAAUGCCGAAGCUCAAGUCUGGAUCGGCUCAGUUUCAGACCUCGCGUGCGAUCCAAUGACAACGAAAGUGUUGAGCGAGGCGAGAACGCCACUCACCUCAUUCCACUUGAUGCCAAGCGGACCGGACGCUCUUGCGAUGCACAUUUUGUUGGUGUUGUUCGGUGUGUGUGUAUUGUGUGCUGUGUGGCCUGAGCCUGUGCUGCUUAGGCUUUUUCCCCUCUCUCCUCUUCGUCCACCUGUUUUGAGUUAGUUUACAAAGUAACUACUCUGUUCGGAGUAGUUAGCGAUUGAUCUGGAUCGCAUGGGUGAGGUAAUCAUGGUCAUGUGCCCGACGCUGCGAGUCAGCCAGCCCGCUCACACACUCUCUCUCCCGCUCUUCCGCCCGGAAUGCUGUCGCUUCUGCUGCCGCCGCCUU